AUGGAUGAUGAAACAGCACUUCAAGUACUUUUUAAAAAAGAGAAUGAUGACGAACAAAUGGAGAUGGAUUCUGUUCAAUCAAUAGACUAUGACAGAAUUAAAGAAAGCUUUUUUGUUUUUCAAAAUAUGAACUAUUUAGGCACUGACGACACACACCAUAUGGUAAAAAUCGUAAAUGAAGCAAUACAUGGAUACGCGAAGUAUUGGAUAGAUCUGUAUGUAAGAUGUCUUAAACACAACAAUAAUGUGUAUGUUUCCUUGAUGAAUAAUGAUAGUGAAGUUAUGAGAAAGCUAGAAACUGCUUUCCCGGAGAUAAACACAGAUGAUAUCCCUAAAAUACCCAGAAUAUCAUUUCUUAAUGUGCCUAUUGAAAAGACUAAACGAAAAAGAACUAGCAGUGGAAGUCAGGAAUCAGAAAUUAUUAAGGAGUUACAUGAGAAGUGGCAACCAGCAACUCAUGGUUUAAUCAGGACUCUGUCUGAUCUAAGUGUGCAACCGAAAACAUUAGAUGAUUGCAAAACGAAAAUAGAUGAAUGUGAACAAAGGAUGCAAACAAAUGAUAGGUUCAUUUUAUACAUCGCCUUCCGUUACGGCCGUUAUUUGUAUGAGGCCAAAGCUGUAUUCGCUCUCGAAAAGAGGUACGGUUCAGGAAACUUCAACGAGUGGAUAAAUUCCAAUUGCCAUGUGAAGAAGAGUCGUGCACACGAGUACAUCAACUUUUAUGACAGCUUCGAGAAAUAUCCCAAGGUUACACAGUGCAAUUUGCCUUUUCAAUGGUUUACUAAGAACGUAAAAACAGUACUCAGAUAUUUCAGAAAUCAUCCUAAAGAGGCCAAGAAAUUCAAAUAA